AUGCUACAAAAAUAUUUUGUUUAUAUUACAUUAUGGUUUUUAUUCCAAUUUAUAUUAAUUGAAAUAAAUUGCCUAAAUGCGCCUUAUACACUAAAGAAACGAGAUGAACAUACCGCAACGCUUGUUGAUAAUAAAUUGUAUAUUUUGGGUGGGUCCUUACUUAAUGAAGUUGGAAAAGAUUUUUUUUAUAUCGAUUUUUCUGUUUCAUUUAAUAUUCAAAAUUUAUUAUUGAUCGAUUUAUCAAACAUUAAUACUGUCCCUUCACACUUUGGUGCUGCGUCUGCGAGGGGUGGUGCAAAUAAUGAUACAUUAUUCAUAUGCGGAGGAAUCGGAAAUGUCACAGUUGAUAAAGUUGAAUUGGUUUACUCCUUUAACCUAAAAAGUAAUUCAUGGAGUAUUCCAAAAAUAACUGGUCAAUCUCCCAUUAGUUUAUUUGCUGCUGAGACAGGAAUUAUAAACUAUAAUGGAAUGAUGUAUUUCUGGGAUGGAAUUGUAUCAAACGUUAAUAUUUUAGACACUAUAAAUUUAAUUUGGAAAAAAGGAAGUUCGAUCGGUGCACCAAAAGGUGGAUUAGGUAGCGCUGCUACUUUAUUGCCUGAUAAUAAAAUAAUUUAUAUGGGCGGUAUUGGUGAUAAAUCAACAUUAAUGAAUCUGGUUUACAUAUAUGACACAAUAAAUGAUUUUUGGAGUACGAAAAUAACUUCAGGAACUAUACCUCCUAAUAAAAUUGGUUCAACUGCCGUUCUUGGACUAGAUGGCCAAAGAGUAAUUGUUUUUGGAGGUAUUCCAACUGCUGAUAUUGCUAAUGCACCUAAAAUUCCACUUUAUGAAUUAAAUCUGAUAACUUUUGAAUGGCAUAUUCCGAAAACUUCCGGAUCAACUCCAGCAUCCCGAGAGAAUCAUAGAGCAAAUGUAAUUGGAAAUUAUAUGGUGAUAACAUUUGGAAUAUUUUAUUCUGAACCUGAAAAUGACAUUUUAUUACUUGAUAUUAGUAAUGUCGACGAAUAUAUAUGGACGAAUGAAUUUAAUCCUUCAUCAAGUAUUGUAAAAUCGUCACUACCUACAGUGCCCACAAUACCUACAAAACCGUCACCUUUACCAACAAUUUCUUCGCAACAAUAUAUAUCAAGUAAUAAUUCAAAUAUUGUUGGCGCAAUUAUAGGAUCUUUGAUUGCUGGUGCUUUAUUAUCCUUUGUAGGCUCCUAUUUAUACAAAUGGAAUAAAAAUAGAAAUAAAGAUGGGAGUAAUCUUAACGAUAAUCAAGCUAAUACUAAUAGUCAAGCUAAAAGAAAUUAUUAUCCUGGACAAGAAGCAGUACAACCACCCGCUCCAGCUUCAGUUAUUGAUAGGAGCUAUUAUCAUGGACGAGAGAUUCCUAAUAACGAAAUACAAGAACUUAAACAAGAGAUUCAUGAUUUGAGACAAAUAAUUUUGCAAAGUAAUAAACAGUCUACUAGUUCUAUGGGAAAUAAUUAA